AUGGGCAACCAGUCGUAUAGACCUCCAAAAGCCUCAGAUGUGCAAGCACAACAUCAAAGCCAGCCCCGAACUCCCAAGGGCUUCGCUACGCGGCAGCUGGGCCAUUAUGCACCCGACGGCGAUCUAGAAAACCGGCGCCGAGUCAUCCCCGAUGUGCCAAAGCUAGAUCGAACAAUGACUGAUGUCUAUAACGAUGGAUUGUACAACCCAAACUUGGAUAUUGUUGCAUCUAGCUCUGUCACCUCCAUCCCCCAAGGCGCUUACAACGUUGGCACCCUACGGCAAAAUGCCGCCCCUCGAAGCGUAAGCGAGGUCAAUUCACCCCAGACCAUCUCCCCUCAGGACUCGCUAUUAGACUUCGCCGAUGGGGAUUGCACCAAGAACUUUACCUUGUUCCCCCGGGCAGAGUCUAGUCGCUUCGGCGGUAUGAACCAGCUCACAGAUGAAGAAGUGUCGUUGGGGCAGUGCGAAAGCAGCACCCCACAGUAUCUAGUUGACGACGAGGCCAUCGGUUCCGCCCAUUAUCUGUCGCCUGGGACAUCAGGCGUAUAUGGCCUACACAAUCUCUCUGCAUUUGGAGCCCAGCAACAUCUUCAACCCACCAUUACAUUUGAAGGUCGUGGCAACGCAAGCAACGCUUCCAGAACUUCCAGAGGACGUCUAGGGAAAAAACACAAAGAGAAGGUCAUAGACAGGCUGGAGGCUUAA